AUGACGGUGCAGAUGCAAGUGCUCGACUCUAGUGAGCUGGCAGGCAAAGUCUGGUACAGCAUCAGAGUGGUCGAUGGGCAACAGGAGUGGUUGGUGAAGAAGGGCUACAGCCAGUUCGAAAUGUUAGACAACGAGCUGGCACAUCUGCCGCUGCGCCGUGCGCCACUUCCGGAGAAGAGACUCGUGGGAUUUCGGCAAAUGCUCAACCUCGGAGGCUUCAACGAGAAGCGCCUGGAGGGGCUCCGGAACUACCUCGCAGUGCUGGCGCCGCAGCUGCAGAACCUCGCUCAGGUGCCAGCGCUGCAGCACUGGGCCAUGCCACCGGCAUAUGGUGCGCCGAACCCCGUGUCGGUGCCGAUGCCCGCAGCGUCGCCGGUGGCAGCACCGGUGAUGGGGUCGCCUGUGGCAGCUCCAGUGGCCGCGGCAUGUGUGGCAGCACCGGUGGCCACAGCUGCGGCUCCGAUGGCAUCAGCAACAGGCCCCACAGCAGCACAGGCCUUGGCACCAUCAGCCCCACCAGCCAUGGCGACACCAGAAGCGAGUGUUGUGCAGGGAGAGCCAGUGCAAGGGUCUGUGGUUCCUGGUCAGGCCGUGCAAGUGUCAGCUGCACCCGCGCCGGCGCAGCCAGCACCCGUGCCGGCGCAGGCAGCACCCAUGCCAGCACAGGCAGCACCCAUGCCAGCACAGGCAGCACCCAUGCCAGCACAGGCAGCACCCAUGCCAGCACAGGCAGCACCCAUGCCAGCACAGGCAGCACCCAUGCCAGCGCCAAUGCAAGCCCAGGCCAUGCCAAUGCAAGCUCAGGCAACACCCAUGCAAGCCCAGCCUAUGCAAAUGCAAGCGCAGGCUGUGCCAAUGCAAGCCCAGGCAGUGCCCAUGCAAGCGCAGGCAACACCCAUGCAAGCACAGCCUAUGCCAAUGCAAGCACAGGCUGUCCCAAUGCAAGCCCAGGCAGUGCCAAUGCAAGCCCAGGCGAUGCCAAUGCAAGCCCAGGCAGUGCCGAUGCAAGCGCAGGCAACACCCAUGCAAGCCCAGGCGAUGCCAAUGCAAGCACAGGCUGUGCCAAUGCAAGCCCAGGCGAUGCCAAUGCAGGCACAGGGCUUGCCAAUGCAAGCCCAGGCGAUGCCAAUGCAGGCACAGGGCUUGCCAACGCAAGGCCAAGGUUUUCCCAUGCAGGGUCAGGGAAUGCCAGUACAGGGCACGCCUGUCCAAGGCAUGCCUGUAGGGCAAUCCGGCUUUGGUGCCCCACAGAUGACGAGUCAAUCCGGCUUUGGCGGUUCUGCGCUCACCGCCGGCCUGGCCGGCGCCGGUUUGGGUGCGGCGGUGGGUGCUUUGGGUGCGAUGGUGAGUGGCAUGGGCCAUCAUGGGGACCACCAUCAUGAGCAUCACAACCACCACCAUCAUGGCCAUCAUGACCAUCAUGGCUUCCGGGGAGGAUAUGGGUCAGAGAGGUGCUACAAGUGCGAAGGACGAGGCUGGUGCCAUGACUCCUCCAUGGACCAUGAUAAGCCGUGGGAUGAGAAGUGCUUCUUCUGCAAGGAGUGCAGCGGCUGCAAUGGUUCGGGGCACCUCAGCGGCGGGGGCUUUAGCAGCGGCUUUGGUUUCGGCGGCUUUGGUGGAGGAGAGGAACGCUGCUAUAAGUGCGAAGGCCGUGGCUUCUGCCAUGACUCCUCGAUGGAUCACGACAAGGCUUGGAACGAGAAGUGCUUCUUUUGCAAGGAGUGCAGCGGCUGCAAGGGCUCCGGGCACAUCAGCAGCGGGGGCUUCGGCUUCGGUGGAGGUGGAGGAGAGGGACGAUGCUACAAGUGCGAGGGCCGCGGCUUCUGCCAUGACUCUUCGAUGGACCACGACAAGGCCAGGGAGAGGCCCUUUUUUGCCGAGCUCGGCCUGUGUCGAGUCUUUUGCCGUGAUGUCAUCGGUGCCAAAGGCCAUGAAGUGCAAGAGGUGGUCGUGGGGAUGCUGGAGCAGGACAUGUCGGUGCCAGAGGCGGAGGAUCUUACCGAAGUCGCGAUGGAGGAUGCUUGUCCCGCCACCGCACUCGAAGAGCAGUCAGCAGACGAAGAAAUGCCUGAAGCUGCUGCAGAAGAAGCUCCAGAGGUUGAAGCCGCAGAGGCGGAGGAAGAUGAGCUGGAAGCCGCAGAAGAAGAGCCUGAGGAGAAAGCUGUAGAGGCUGAGGGUGUGGAGGCGGAUGAGGAACUGCCAGAAGCUGCAGAAGAAGUUCCGGCCGAGGAGCAAGCCGCAGAGGCGGACGAGGAAAUUCCUGAAGCUGCUGCAGAAGCUCCAGAGGUUGAGGAGCAAGCCGCAGAGGCAGAGCCGGAAGCGGCAGAAGAAGAGCCUGAGGAGAAAGCUGUAGAGGCGGAUGAGGAACUGCCAGAAGCUGCAGAAAAAGCUCCGGCUGAGGAGCAAGCCGCAGAGGAGGAUGAGCUCGAAGCAGCAGAAGAAGUACUUGAGGAGAAAGCUGCGGAGGCGCAGGAGGAAGAGCUCAAAGCAGCAGAAGAAUCUCCAGAGCCUGAGGAGAAGACUGAUGGUGUGGAGGCGGCAGAUGAGGAACUGCCCGAAGCUGCAGAAGAAGCUCCAGAGGUUGAGGAGCAAAGCGCAGAGGCGCAGGAGGAAGAGCUUAAAGCAGCAGAAGAAUCUCCGGAGCCUGAGGAGAAGGCGGCAGACGAAGAGCUGCCUCAAGCUGCAGAAGAAGCUCCAGAGGCUGAGGAGCAAAGCGCAGAGGCCGAGGCCGUGGGUGAGAUCAAGGAAACCCAGGUCGACGAGGAGGUACCCGAAGCAGAAGAUGUCCCGCCGGCUGAGGAGAAAACUGUGGCUGAGGGUUUGGAGGCCAGCAACCUUCCGGCUGACGUUGAUCAUGAGGUCGCGAAGGAGGCAGCAGAGGCUCCAGUGGCAGAGGACGUGCAGGAAGUUGUCCAAACUCCCACCUCUUGCGACAGGAGGGCAAAAAGUCUGGCUUGGGCUGGCUGUAUGCCUCCACGGUGGCGGCCGUGCAAACCCUCCGGUCGCCCACGCGCGGCGCCCGCUCGUUGGCCGAACGCCUGA